AUGGAAUGGCCAGAUUUUCAGUGUUCACCUUUCAAUAAUGAUCUUUCUUGGUAUGAUCUGUUCACCCCUGAAUUCGAGGUUGAGAAGCCGGCAAAUUGGACCUUUGAAGAGAACGAGUUGCUCGAAAAUGCUUUGGCUGAAGUUGAUCCAGAAAAUCCUGCCUUCUUUGAAAAUGUUGCUUCUAGGAUUCCAUGGAAAUCAAUUGAUGAAAUCAAAAUUCACUACCAAGCCUUGGUUGAAGAUGUAGAGAUGAUUCAGUCUGGUAUUUACCCUAUUCCCAAAUAUGAAACUGAUGAUAAGGACAACCAAGAUGAAUUACAAGUUUGCAAUGAAAAGGAAUCUCCAUCACCGGUGACUAAAAAGACAUGCAAUGGCCAGCAUCGCCGAAGGGGAGUUCCAUGGACUGAAGAAGAACACCAGUUGUUCCUCAUGGGUCUGAACAAGUAUGGGAAAGGAGACUGGAGGAGCAUAUCAAGGUAUUAUGUCCUUUGUAAGACCCCAACCCAAGUUGCAAGCCAUGCACAGAAAUACUUUCGACGAAGAAACAGUUCGACCCCAAUGGAUAAGCGUCGACCCAGCAUCCAUGACAUUCAGAGAGUCAAUCCCACCAUGUUGGCUUCAGUGCCUCCAACCAAUACCAACUAUAUUAAUAAUCUCCCAACCAUUGAAGAACCUACCUCUUUCCCCUCUGGCAACCCUCUUUCAAUGUUCAAUAACAAUUUUGAACCCAAUUUUAAUGGGCAGUUUGGUGAUUUUUCAAGGGUCCAAAACCCUAUGUUUCCACCAAUUGAUACCACAUUCCUAGCAACUGAUCAUAUGCUCAAUCAUUCUUCUACUUCCUAUUCUCCAUCAUGCAUGUUCCCAUCCAUGCAAAACCAACCCUGGGGUUGA